UAUAUGAACCAGAGUGUUCCAGGCUGGACCAGACGAGAGGGCUGAACUUUGAGGAGCACAUCAUGAAGUUGGAUUUGGCUGGUGCUCUGUCUUCUUCGGCAUUAUUGCUCAUCUUUCUGUCUCCAGUUUGCUGUCAGCAGCCUGUAAAUUGCAGAUGGGGGCCUUAUGGAGACUGGUCUGAGUGUGACGGCUGCUCCAGAACAAAGGUACGGACUCGACAUGUGGACGUGUACGCCCAGUUUGGAGGUGUGCCAUGUUCAGGAGAAGCCACACAAACACAACCAUGUGUCUCACAGAAAAGAUGUCCCCUGGAAACAGGCUGUGGAGACAGGUUCCGCUGCACCUCUGGUCAGUGUAUCAGCCAGUCUCUGUUGUGUAAUGGAGACCAGGACUGUGAGGACGGUCUGGAUGAGAGAGGCUGUGGUCGGGACAGCAGCCAGUACUCAUGUGACAUUGACAAAACGCCUCCCAACUCUGACUUUACAGGCAGAGGGUACGACGUUCUUACAGGCAAACUGAAGGCAGGUGUCAUCAACACUCUGAGCUUUGGAGGCCAGUGCAGGAAGGUGUUCAGUGGGGACCAUAAAGUCUAUUACAGACUGCCACAGAACAUCCUCAGGUACAAUUUUGAGGUGAUAGUAGACAAUGACGAGAGCGAUGAAUCUUACGAGAGCUCCUGGUCCUACAUGCAGCACAUCCAGUCCAAUGCCUUGGUGGGACACGAUCGCCGCACUUUCCACAAAGAGCUCACUGACAAUAAGGCCUACAGACUUAUAAUCCUGAAGAACAAAGUGGAGCUGGCCCAGUUCCAAAACUCUGCCCCUCAGUAUCUGACUCUCGCCGAAGGCUUCUGGAAGGCCUUGUCUUCGCUGCCGAUCACAUACGACUACUCUGCCUACCGCCAGCUGUUCCGUACAUACGGCACACACUACCUUUCCGAGGGCUCACUCGGUGGCGAAUACCAAGCCUUGUUGGAGUUAGACCGCCAGGCGCUUUCAUCAACCAGCACAACAGAUAUAGAGUACCAGAGGUGCUGGAAGAAGGUGAAACGCCGUCUCUUCAGGAAGAAAGUCAAAAUCACAUGUGAAAAACUGACUAAAUCUUUAUCAUCCAGCCACGGACACAACGUAAACAAGAUGCCCAUUAAGGUCAAUGUGUUCGGAGGUGAUCCGGCCCUGACAGGCGCUCUGACGGUUCUGGACCUGGAAAACCCAGAAGCUAACGGAGAGGUCUACGACAACUGGGCCUCCUCUGUCAAAGACUACCCUGAAGUCAUAAACCAGAAGCUGCGUCCUCUGUCUGAGCUGGUGAAGGAAGUGCAGUGUGCAGGUUUGAAGAAGCUCCACCUGAAGAGAGCCACAGAGGAGUACCUGGCAGAGGAGCAUCCCUGUCACUGCCAGCCCUGCCAGAACAAUGGCCAGCCGCUACUGACGGGCUCCGAGUGUCGCUGCGUCUGCCGGCCGGGAACGUCGGGACAAGCCUGCGAGAGGGGAGCUGUGAUUGGAGAACAACCAGGGGUGAUCCAUGGCAGCUGGAGCUGCUGGUCCUCUUGGGGAGCCUGCUCUGGAGGUCAAAGGUCAAGGAUCCGAAGUUGCAACAACCCCGCCCCCAGCAGAGGGGGUCACCACUGCUCCGGCCCGGAGGUGGAACAGAAGCCUUGUGAAGACGCAGACAUUGAGUAUUUAAAGAUGAUGGAGCCUCAGUGCUUCAGUCUCUCUGUGACUCCACCAAAGAGAUGUGGACCGCCUCCAAACCUCAGGAAUGGAUUUAUUCAGAACCCCAGAGAUUUUUACCUGGUUGGAAACACAGUGGAGUACUCCUGCAUAGACGGUCAUUACCUCAGUGGAAACCCUAUGGCUGAAUGCACUGAGAACCAGGCAUGGAGGACAGGAGCGAUGGUUUGUAAAAGUUCCACAUGUGGGGUUCCUUUGCUGAAUAGUGACGUUAUAGCCACGCCCACCACAGCAACCUAUGAGAUUGGAGACAGAGUGUCCCUGUCCUGUCCUGCCGGGUCAGUGCUGGAAAGUGAGCUGUCAGAGAUCAUGUGCAGUUCCAGUCUGCUGUGGUCUCCUUCUCCAGCCAGCGCUCAUUGUAAAGCCGCAUCCACAGCUCCCGCUCCUCCACCUGGCCUGAAGUGUAAGCUAUGGGAGACUGUAGGAAAAACUGACUGUGUAUGUAAGAUGCCAUUUCAGUGCUUGACGUCUCUGCAGUUGUGUGCCCAACUCGGCUCAAGCAGAACCCGUUUACUUGGAGUUUGUCAGCUAGGAGCUCUGAAGUGUAUGGGCCGGAGCUUCACGUUGGCCAGUGACAGCGACUGUAACUGGCCAGACCAGACAUCCACAUCCUGCGAAGACUGCAAACCAGGGACAAUCUGUCACGAAUCGACAAGCAGAUGCAUGUGUCAGAACGUGUCAGAAUGCCCUAAAGACUCCGCCCCCCUGUGUGUCAGCUCUGGGGCUGGCAGCGUUGCCAAGACGAUGACCGAAUGCGAGGUUGGGGCCAGAAGGUGUGCUGGGGAGCAGCUCAAUGUGAUCAGUAUUGAGGCUUGUCCAGAAUAAAGAUGAUUGUUGUUUUAUUUUACUGAGCAGUCUCACAUUGUAUAAAAAGGAGGAAGUUGUGUUUUCUCAGUGACUGAAUUGUAAAUAGAAACAAGUACCUGAAUGAUGUUAAUAUGUUCCUCUGCCAUCCUGUGGUGUCUUUUUUGUCACGUUGCGUGUAAAUAUAAUUUUUCCUAAAUAAAUGCCUUUAUUGUAUCUUGUUUUUGUUUAUAAGUUAAUAAAAAAAAAAACACUUUUCAGACUA